AUGAGCAGCACCAGCUUUCGCGACUCGACCGUCGUUAUCAUCGAGACAGGUCGCACCUCCAUCCGUGCCGGACAAGGUCUUAAUGACCUCCUACGUCUGCCUACUGUCGAUUUACCCGCCCGGGUCGGACUGAGGAGAAGUCUUGCAACACCCAACGUCGAGAACGCCGUUUCAGCCAAAGUUACCGACUAUCUUGUUGGUUCGCAACUCGACGAGGCCCUUGCCGCUGGACAAGACCUUGUCAUCUCAUGGCCCUUUGCAGAGGGCGACAUCUCUGACUACACACAAGCAGAGGCGCUCUGGAAAUACGUCCUCUUCUCCUCGCUCAAGCUCCGCCGCGCGCAGAUGGAGUCUCCCGUCAUCCUCUCCAUCGCCUCCGGCCUGUCGCGCGACGCGUACGAGCGCAUCUGCCAGAUCUUCUUCGAGCGGUUCAACGCCGCCGGCUUCGCCGUCCUCGACCGGCCCAUGGCCCAGUUCUACUCCGUCAUCUCCGGCAUGCAGCUGAGCGGCAUCGUCGUCGACGUCGACCGAGACCACACGGACAUCGCGCCCGUGUACGACGGCCUCGUCGUGCACGCCGCGCGGACGUCGGUCCCUCUCGGCCUGAACGACUGCCUGGCGUACCUCGCGCACCUCCUCCGCUCAAACACCUCCGUCAUGACCGCCCUCUCCCCCGCAGACAAGCCCCUGUCCCCCGAGGCCCUGCAGGAGACGCUGCUCGAGCUUGCGACGCACAUAUGGCAGAGCGACCUCAUCAAGGCCCUCGCGGAGGGCGAGGCCGCGCGGGACCUCGAGGACGAGGGGGUCACAGACAUCGCCGCGAUCGUCGUGGCGGGCAAGGAACGCGCCGUCAUCGAGAGCGGGAUGAAGCGGCGCCAGGCAAAGGCGCAGCCAGCGGAGCAGGCGCGAGCGAAGGAGAUGGAGGCCCUCGACCUCGUCUCGACGGAGUUCCGGGGCAUCGAGCUGACGCUCGGCAAGGAGCGCCACCGCUUCUGUGAGCCGCUGUUCGACCCGACGCUGCUCGACGGCGUGCCGGGCGUGCGCGAGAAGGGGGACAGAGACCUGCGUCGUCCUCUCCAGAAUGCUGUCGGCGACGCCGUAGGGCGGACAGACGUCGACCAGCGCACCUACAUCUGGCAGGGCCUGUUCGUGACGGGGGAAAUCACGAACCACAUCAAGGGACUCGGAGUGGCCCUCUCAGGCCGGCUUGCCCCGUACAUUCUCAGCGCACCUGACGUGCCAAACAAUGAGGUGCAGCCCCGGAACAUCCGAACGCUCAGAGUGCCAGACUAUUUCGCCGAGUACCGGGACAAGGGAGACGGUUUGGCAGCCUUCCUCGGGACAAGCAUCGUGGCAAAGCUAGCGUUCAAUGACCCGGCAGGAAAGAAUUACGUUUCGAAACCCGACUAUGCGUCGAGGGGACCCCGCACUAUACUGGGGAUGUCGCCCUCUUUGCUGUAA